CACUCAACGAAUUACAGCAUGCUUGGGGGGCGUCACAGCAGAGUUGCAUGGUGUGCACGCGCUGCUGGCGCGGACCAUGGGCGCAUCGUCAACCACAUAGACCCUUCGACCCUACCGUUUUGCUUUCUUCCGAUUAAGACAGAUACGAGCGAGAAGUCGACAAGGGGGCUUGGUUGGAUCGAGUCAAACAAAAGACCUUGCUGCAGGUCCUCAAGGAAAGCUAGUAUCUUCACCAAUCUGUCUCGGCACCCCUUCUAGAAGAUGAUUUCCCAUUUGGCCAGAAGUCCCCUGGCUCACCGACGUACCCACAGCACACCGUCCGGAUGUAGCCGGGAAGACGUCGCCGCCGGUGCUGGACUGGCCGGAGGAGCGACAUCGCCCCUGGCUGACGUGCCUGAGAACGAAGAAGUGCGAUGUCCUCGGAGACCCGCUUCCUCCCACACACUCACCAACACCCCCACCGAGAAUGGGACUUCUGCAUCGCUGUUUUCUCCGCCGCUGCUGCUGGUGACGGGGGUUCAUGGUAACUUGCCCAAGAACAGAGACUGGAUAAGGUUGCAGCAGACCAUUCGGAGUCUGUUCAAGACCAGACGUGUCGCCCUGCAGCCUGGUGAGCUGGCCGCCCUCCACGAGAGAAUACGAGCCCUAAGCGGAUCCAAGGCUGGACCAUUCAUCUAUGACUCAUAUAAGAGGGAGUUGGAGGUCUGCUUCACAGCGCUCAGGCACAAGCUCUGUCAACAGCCAAGAGACCAGCUCUUGGGUGUCCUGGCCGACGAAUGGGACAACCUCUUCACACACGUGCUGCCCACGCUCGACUUGAUCUUGUACGUCGUCAAGGGCAAGGGCUCGGAAAGCGUCAGACAGACCUUCCUGGUAACCUUCCGAGACGUCGUGGUCACGAAGUUGGAUCUCGAAGACCUCUUGAGCUUGAACAAAGAUGCUGUUCUGGAGAGCAUACGACACAUGAUUCUCAUUCUUUACAACGUGAGCGACAGCUACCCACCGACCAAGACCAAGCUGAAGCUGGAGUCCCUGCUGGCGAGGCUGGUGUCCCCAUUCCUCGGCUUCCAGGGCCUGUACCUCCAGGGACAUCCGGAACCCGUCAUCAAGUCUUCGGAACCGGAAAUAGCCGCAAGGCGCAAGUCUGCCGAUGGGGUACCUUUGCCGAGGAAGCUGUCCCGUCCAAUGAGCUCGCAGCCCCGGCAGAUCGAGACGCUUCACGAACUGUUCCUCACCGCGCUACGAAAGCAGCCUGAUUUCUAAGCGAUAUCGAGGAGAGUCCCUGUUUAUGAAUAUUAGUAUUGUUAUUAAUCUAUAGCCCUACAUUCUUUGUAAAUAGAGCUCGUUACCUCGAUGUGAUUCACCUGUACAGAGUUCAAAAUCUCCAAACUUAUAAAGGGAUGUUAAUCUCCUACAUAUUGCUUUUUUUUUUUUUUUGCGCCACACAAUCUUUUACAUUGAACGUUCACAAUAGCACAUAUAUGAAUGCCGGUGUACUAACGGAAAAAAAUAAAACAAACAUUUUCUGAAAA